CAUGAACGAGUGAACAAUUAAAUUGACAUAAACAUAUUAUUGGGAAGAAAAGUCAAAUUUCGUUGAUCAACCAUAUUUUUGCCGUUACUGCAAAAUGCAAAAUGUUUCUAAACUCUAUUGAUGAUCUUUAUAUAGUUCAAGAGUUAGAUAGCCGAUAUUAUGGUUUCCUUAAUUUGACGGAUCCUAAGAAUAAUGGAAUUAAAGAUCUUAUUCAACAAUCCAUUACAAUCUUGCAAGAUGAAGUGGCUAGCUCUCAUUCAAUAAAUAUGAGCAAGCAACGUGAUUUACAACAUGCCAAUGUAAAAUGUGAUGUAGCUGUUAAAUAUGAGGAACAUAUUAAGGAAAACUCUGGCAUAGAAUCCCAUGCUUGUGAUUCGAAACUUGCAUUGCCAAGUGACUUCAAACCUAAGGGAAAUAUUGGAGUUGGAGAAGUUGAUAUAGAAACCUACUGUAAACUCGGUCAUUUGCAUUUGCUAUUGACUGAAUAUUAUGAAGCUCUAUCUGCGUAUCAAAAGUAUAUGCGGCUAUGUCCAAAAUAUUGGAAUAACCAUAGCUUUUUAUACGGUCUUGGAAUCGUUUACUUUGAAUUUCGUUGUUUUAAAUGGUCAAUUAAACUAUUCCAAGAACUUUUGUACUUGAACCCAUAUUUCGUCUGUGCAAAUGAAAUUCAUCUGCGUUUAGGACUGAUGCUUAAAGUUAAUGGUGAUUUUCGUAGUGCACUUAAACACUUCCAGUUGGCAUUGGCGGAUUCAUCACCCUCGACUUUUUCGGAUCUUCAAGUGAAAUUUCAAAUAGCUCAUCUGUAUGAAGUACAAAAUAAACACAAGGCUGCAAAAGAAUCAUAUGAAUUUAUCUUAAAUGACAAAAAUAUAUCGCUUGACUUAAAAGCCGAUAUUUACAGACAAUUAGGAUGGAUGUAUCAUUGUGUCGAAUGCCUAGGCGAAAAAAAAGAACGUGAAUCGAAAGCAUUACGGUUUCUACAGAAAUCAAUUGAAGCAGAGCCAAAGUGUGGACAAUCAUUAUAUUUAUUGGGGAGAUGUUACGCUGGCGUGAAUAAGGUUCAUGAUGCGUUUUUAGCUUAUAGGAAUUCUGUUGAGAAAAGUGAAGGGAAUGCAGACACCUGGUGCUCGAUUGGUGUUUUAUAUCAGCAGCAAAAUCAACCAACGGAUGCACUACAAGCAUACAUAUGCGCAGUACAAUUAGAUAAGGAUCAUAAGUCGGCGUGGACAAAUUUGGGAAUUCUAUAUGAAAGUUGCGGGCAAUUGCGAGAUGCUUACGCAUGCUAUCUAAACGCGGUGAAACAAAUAUCAAACCAGAAAAUAAAUUCUGUCAAUGAAGGAAGUAAACCUAUAUUAUUUACAAGCAGUACAAAUGGACUGACAAAGGGCAUAUUGCAACGAGUAAAAUUCCUCGAAACCCAGCUUAGUCAAGCACCACUGCCAAGUAUUACAUCUAAACGACGCCAGCUUUGCUCAAUUGAAGAGGCUUGGAAUCUUCCAAUAUCAUUAGAAAUAAACUCUCGUCAACAGCAGCAAAACCUCCAAAUGCAGCACAGACAGUAUGGAAAGCACUCAUUUGUGCAAGGGCCGCCGCCACCCUACCCACAUAAUCAUGGAAGUCAAACCAAUCCAACACCCGCAAAACGAGCAAAAGAUGAUAAUACUGAAAUGUCGACGAUCAAUAGAUCAGAGAAAUUAGAAAUUAAUACACAAUUUUCACAACAAAAUAAAAAAAUAUUUAGUGUGCAGCAAGACAAACUUGGACUACAGCUAACCGCUUCAAACUGUCAUCCUCUUAACAAAAUGUCUUCAUCAGUAACACCUGGAAGUGAUGUUUCAUCUGAAAGAAUAAAUACGUAUUCUUCUGAUGCAUCAUCAACUAAUAUUAUUAAAGAAGAAUCAACUGAUUUGGAACAACAUGUUUCUUCAAAUAAUCAGGUUUCAUUAGGUCGGUCGAUUAUUGCAUGCAGUCAAAACUCUUCGGAAUUAAUUGAAGACUUUAACCAGAGUUAUUCCGAUAAUAGCAAAAAUUCUGUUAAGCAUGAAAGCUCAACACAAAGCAAUGAUGAUAGUUAUAUUAUUGAACAGAAGACUAAAAAUGAAUAUGAUCUUGAUCCCGAUAUAUCACCAAAAUUCAAUAUACACAUGGAAUCUAAGCAAUUAUGGUCUGCAGUACAGCUUUUACCGGUUCAUGAGCCACCGAUCAAUUUUACUGUUUUUUUGAGAAAUUCCCCUCCGCCAACGCCACCGGAUUGUCCGCCACAGAAACUUUCAAGGGAACAGCUCUUACCACCAACGCCGUCGGUCCACUUGGAAAAUAAAAAAAAUGCUUUUAGUCCACAGUUGCAGGAAUUUUGUCUAAAGCAUCCUAUUGCAGUUGUACGUGGACUAGCUGGCGCUCUUAAAUUAGAUUUGGGACUCUUCUCAACUAAAACCCUGGUCGAAGCUAACCCGGAUCACAGCGUUGAAGUCAGAACCCAAGUGAAUCAGUCUCCUGAUGAAAACUGGGAUAUAUCUCAAGCAAAGCGAGUUUGGGCUUGUAUAUCUCAUCGAUCUCAUACAACUAUAGCAAAAUAUGCUCAAUAUCAGGCAUCAAGCUUUCAAGACAGUUUAAAGGAUGAAGGCGACAAAGGCUCAGUUGGAUCCCAAGUGAUGUCGGAUUCCGAUUCGAAGGACUCAGUAUCUAAUUCAAAUAUUAAUUUAAAACGAAAAAAAACCAAAAACGGUAGUAAAAUGCUAAGGUUCGGAACCAAUGUUGAUCUUUCUGAUGAACGAAAAUGGAAACCGCAAUUAAGCGAAUUACAAAAGUUGCCUGCUUUUGCUAGAGUAAUUUCUGCUGCCAAUAUGUUGUCUCAUGUAGGUCACGUCAUUUUGGGAAUGAAUACUGUGCAAUUAUACAUGAAAGUGCCUGGAAGUAGAACACCUGGGCAUCAAGAAAAUAAUAAUUUUUGCUCAAUUAAUAUAAACAUUGGUCCAGGAGACUGCGAAUGGUUUGCUGUCCCAGAUUCUUAUUGGGGUGGCAUCCAUAAUCUUUGUGAAAAAAACAAUAUCAGCUAUUUACACGGCUCGUGGUGGCCUGUUUUAGAAGAUUUAUAUAAAGAAAAUAUUCCAGUCUACCGCUUCAUUCAGAAGCCUGGAGACCUAGUUUGGGUAAAUGCUGGAUGUGUUCACUGGGUACAGUCUGUAGGGUGGUGUAAUAAUAUUGCAUGGAAUGUUGGGCCACUAACUGCACGACAGUAUUCUCUUGCCAUUGAGCGUUAUGAGUGGAACAAGCUUCAAAGUUUUAAAAGUAUUGUACCUAUGGUGCAUUUAAGCUGGAACUUAGCCAGAAAUAUUAAAGUUUCAGAUGUCAAACUAUUUGAGUUAAUAAAAAUGUGCUUGUGUCAAUCUCUAAAAAAUGUUUUUCACAUACAAGAAUUUGUGAAGUCAAAAGGAGUUGAAAUACGAUUUAAUGGGCGUGGAAAAAACGAAGCGUCCCACUAUUGCGGACAAUGUGAAGUUGAAGUAUUCAACGUGUUAUUCAUAAGAGAGCAAGAGAAAAGACAUGUAGUCCACUGUUUACCAUGUGUGUUGAAACUAUCACCAUCAUUACAAGGCAUUGUUUGCUUGGAAGAGUACCGAUUGUCAGAGCUGGAGCAUGUGUAUGACUCUUUUACAUUAUAUAGAACCCAAGGACUUGGACAAACACAUUAACUUAAGUAAUAUAAUAUUCUUAUAUUUUUUCCUUACAAUGAACGUUUUGUACACCGAAAAGAAAUUAUUAAAUUUAUAUAUGUAGUUCUGAAACAAUUUUA